GCCUACAUUCGAGACUCCACGGCUUGGCCAUCUGGUGGGACAGUUUUCAGACUCCGCCGUUGAAAGCCGACAAAAUAGUACCGGACGAUGCCGUCUCUAGGGCCUACGAUUGAGCAGCGUGCCCACAUCGACCGCUUGGUAUCGUCAAUACCGGACAGAACUCUCCCGACCUAUCAACACCUGACACACGAUCAACUAUUACGUGACCAUCUAAUCCCCAACACGCCCUUCCUCUUGACAUCUUCAAAUACCAGUCAGUGGCCUGCUGCUAAAGCCCUUCGAACUCCAGGGGCAAAGACCGGCGAAGCCUCCGACCCCGACCUGAGAGGACUCCGACAGUACGCCCACCAUGUCGUUCCGGUAGCAAACACCCUCAAACCGCAGUUCUCUGAAUUCGAGCGCACCGAGCGACCAUUAGGAGACGUUCUAGAUCUGUGGGAGAAUGAUAUCGAUGCUGCCAGGGGACUCUAUGUUAAAGACUGGCAUUUGAUGGCGGAGAUUGAGAGUGAGGGAAGAGGCGUUGGAGAAGUGUAUGCUGUUCCAGAAUGUCUCAGAGACGACUGGCUGAACCCUCCAUACACUCCUUCUCCACGAGCUACCCAUUCCGAGUCGGCCUCGACCUCGACUUCCGACUUUCGCUUCACCUACGCUGGGCCUGCCUUGACAUAUACACCCCUACACCGCGACGUUUAUGGCUCAUACUCGUGGUCGGCGAAUGUAGUCGGGCGAAAAGUGUGGUGGCUGUUCUCUCCAGAGAGAUUAGACAAGAUCAAAGAUCCAAAUGGCGAGCUGUACUUUGACGUGAGAGAUUUGGAAAAUGAGGGUGGGGCGAUCAAGGUACUGCAGCAGGAAGGCGAGAUCAUCUUCGUCCCUUCAGGAUGGCACCAUCAGGUGCUCAAUAUCGACUUUUGUAUAUCCAUCAACCACAACCUCUUCUCCUCUCCUACUCUUCCCCGAAUAUACGCGACACUCUGCCUUGGUCAGAACCGCGUUGAAGAGUCGAUCCUCGACGUCAAGGAAAUGAUCAUCGAUCGCCUGGGCACGGAAGACGGGUCUUGGGAGAAGGAAUGGUUUGACGAAGUGCAGAGUCUUUUGGAAAUGGAUGCUGGGUGGAAUUGGAAGGGAUUUUGGGUAACAGUGAAGAAGAAUCUCGAGAUGAGCCCGUCACUCGAGCACGACUUGCCGCCAACUCCUCUACAACGUGAAUGGGUCUGGGAGGUGAUUACUCAGUACAAGGAGAGGCGAGAGUGGGUGGUGUUGGAUAAUGUGAAGGAUAUUGUGCUUGAUGUUGGGCGACUUUCGACGUAGAAGGCGCGAUAAACAUCAUAGGUCUCAAGGUAUGAGUACUGUACUAUUCCUGAGUGCCCUGAGUGACUCUUAUAGUAAUGCGGGACCUGAUAAAGAUGUACAUAUGCCAUGCCGAGAUCCCCAUAAUGCAGUAGAGUAAUCAAUGAUGUGCGACCUUUCUAGCUUAAGCAGAAACGCUCAGCUUCUUGCCCAGAGCCUCCAUAGCCGCCUUGGUCUUCCCUCCAUUCUUUUCCUUCUCCACUUCAGCCCUGAUCUCGCCCAGCUUGGUCAACAUCUUCCCAUACUCAGCGCCCGUCAACUUCUG